AUGGGUGAGAGCGGUUCUUCCGUGGCCGCCCAGGAGCAGAGCAAGCCGCCGACAGCCACAAAAACGAUGCCGUUUGCAGCUCCAGCGACACUGCUUCCCCGUCUGAGUUCGUGUGUUCGUGUGUACGCCGUGGGAUUCAAUUUCGGCGAUGCUCGAUCCUUCGAAAUAGGCCAAGAAACUGGAUGGAUUUUGUUCCCGAAUACAUACUUUCUCGUUGGGUGCUGUAGUGAUGAGGUCACACACAAGUAUAAAGGAAAGACGGUUAUGACCGAAUCCGAGCGCUAUGAAUCCCUUCGUCAUUGCAAGUGGGUUGACGAGGUUAUUCCUCAUGCCCCAUGGGUGAUUAAUCAUGAGUUCCUCGACAAGCAUCAUAUAGAUUACGUGGCUCAUGAUUCUCUUCUGUAA